AUGGCACUGGCUGCCUUCAUCAAUUCCCCAACGGGGCCCAUGACCACACACUUCUGGGGGCCAAUAGCCAACUGGGGCCUGGCUGCCUCGGGCAUGUACGAUGCAGCUUUGAAGGGCCCUGAGAUCAUCAACGAGCGCAUGUCUGCCACACAGAUUCUCUACAGUGGUCUUUUCGUUCGUUUCGCCUGGGCGGUGCAGCCCAGAAACUACAUCCUUGCCUCCUGCCAUACAGCCAACGUGCUGGCACAGGGCAACCAAUUGCGAAGGUGGGGAGAGUACAAGAUCCAGACUGAGCCUGAAACAGGCCCUAGCACAGUGCGGACUGCUGGGCUUAUGGCAGCUGGCGCAGCCGCAGGCAUUGGGGCUAUGGUGGCCGCAAGCGCGCCGUUGCAGAACAGCCUGAAGGGGGGAGGCGGCUUCUUGGCGCGCAUGGCCACGCAUCCGGCCGGGCCUUUUUACAUCCACUUCUGGGCGCCAAACUUCAAGUGGGCCCUUUCGAUCAAUAACUUGAUGGACUAUGACCGUCCCACAGACAAGAUCAGCUUGUCCAUGACGAGCGCUCUCACACUCACUGGCUUGAUCUUCAUGCGCUGGUCCUUUGUCAUCACUCCUGUCAAUUACAGCCUGUUUGCAGUGAAUCUGGCAUUGUCGACAUCAUCGGGCUAUUUGCUUGCACGGAAAGUGAAAGCAGACUACAUCGACAAGUGA